AUGUCGAUGGAAGACUUUUUGUUUGGCAGCGAUUUAGAGGAUACCGAUGAGGAAGAGAAUGCCACAAAACCACCUAAAAAAUCAGAGCGGGAUGCUCAAAUGAACGAGCUGUUCGGUGAUUCACCAAGUGAAGGAGAAGAAGAGGUUGAAGGUGGCGGUGCGCGUGAUUGUGAGUCAGACAAAGAAGAAGCGGAAAGCGGCGAAGAGAGAGAAGAAAGAAAAAACUCGGUUCAAGAAGGAGAGGAUGAUGAUAACGAGAAAGAUAAUGAAGUAAGAAAUGAGGCUGCUGCAUUCUGGUGUAUAUUUUUUCAGUGAACUAUCUUGCUAAUCACAGGUCCAGAUAUGUUUUAAUUAGAAUUUCAUGAGUUGCCAUCUGAAGUCCGACCAACUUUGUGGUAAGGUCAGUGUGCUUGACUGUUCAAGUCCCCACUUGUUGUCACCGACCAUAUGGUUUAACGGUACACACUACAUGGUUUAUUCACACCAGACACCAUUUAUUGUAGUGGACAAUACAUGCAACAGAUGAGGAACCAGUUGCAUACAUGUAACUGGUAACAUCAGUUGUUCAUACUUCCCCCUGCUGUCAGUCAUCUGAUUAAUUGCAGAAUACCUAGCCACUUAAAUGAUAUACCACAUGCGCCUGCCAGUUAGUUAGCCUCUUAAUCAUGAAGCUGCCGCCAUGUAACCAAGUAGCUGUAUAGCCGCAUAGCCACAUUUCUAGGUCCAGCUUAUGAGUGGCCGGGUAUUCUACUGUUACUCCUGGCCAGUCAUCAAUGAUACGCCAAGCUGCUUAUUGGCAGAUAAGUUCUUGAGAUUUCUUAUCUGUAUUGUAAAAAGUGUAACUUUUAUUUUUAAUGAAAGGAUGUUGCAAAACCGAAGCUUCAGACUCAGCUGUCAUCCACUGACUUGUUUGGAGAUGAUGAGGAGCUUUCAUCAGACGAAGAACAGGUUUGUCUACUCAAAGUUAUUUAGUAUUUUAAACUUCCCAUCAAUUUCACCUUACGCUACUGCACAUCGUUAAGGGACUUCAGACUUUAAGUUCAAAUUUGUGGCUGUUUACUUGGUGUUACAGAUAGUGUCAUCAUGAAAUAAAGGACAGUCAAACGCCAUUAACCCUUUAAGCCCCAAUAUCCACAUACAAUUUCUCCAAACUGAUCUCUAUACAUUCCAUAAAGAAUGUGUUGAGAGAAUUUGAUAAAAGAUUAAGGCAUUUUCUCUUAGGUGAUCAUUUUAUUAAUUCUCAUAACCUAGUCUCUUGACAAUGUAUGGAUGUCAUUGGGAGAAAAUCGAUGUUGGUCACUGUUAGACACUGAAGGAUCCAAAGAAAGUGUCCGUAUUAAGCGGGUCAUGUUAUUAAGGAGUGAAAAACACUUUUUAUUAGAACAAAAGAAAUGAUGGAGCAUCGUCAAAUUUAACAUCUAUAACCUUCACAAAGCCAUCAUUUGGCGGACUAAAUCCACAGAAACACUAAAAAUUGCUCAUUUAUAUAUUACUUUCAAGAAUUAUUUUAUCAGAACUGUUCUUUGCAUCACUUCUUUGUCGGCAAAAGUCUGAACUCACACAACUCAUCCUAUUGAGUGUACUGUAAUGCUGGGAACAUCAACAUGCUGUCAAAUGAAGGUUUUUUCUCCUUCAAAAAGGAAAGGUCUCUGACUAUUAUGGCACACAGUUGAUAAUGAAGUGUCUGCGAGGUUAACUUCCUAUGAGAAUCUGUUGAUUGGGCCAGAAACAAGUGUCCAUUGUCUGCAUUAAUGGGUGUCUGUAUUAAGCGGGUUGAAUUUAGAGAAAAUGUAAGUGCUUUCCCCAGGGACAAAGGAAACUGUCCGUAAUAAUGAGAUGUUCGUAUUAAGCAGCUAUCUGUGAAAGGGGCUGUGUCACGGCAGUUCAGUUCAUUUUGUUUAAUUUUUUAACAAUUACUCGCCCUCGAUCGCUAUAGAACUUAAAGUAAGCAAAGAAAUGACAUGUAAAUGACAAAAUCAGAGAUCCGUGACAAACAAAUAUGUCUCCUGAGCAUUAUUUUUGAAGUUGCAAGCAGCAGGAAUCAACUUUGAAAAACUGUUAGGUUGAACAGUUUUCAAAAACCCUAAUUUCAAUCCGUUUCAAUCUUCUUCAGUUUUGCCCAUCCUUGGCAUCUGUUGUUUCUGUUAUGUCAUUUUAACCUUCCUUUAAAGUUUUAAGCAGUUAUUUUAAUGUUUCUCUUAAUUUAACGGGCAUUUUGUAAUUUCCUAAUUUGGCUGAAUUUCGUGACGCAGCUCCUUUAAGUGGGGUUCGACUGUAACUCAAAGGAAUGAAAAGACUGAAUGGCAUCCACAGCACAACAUCAUUGUUAACCAACUGUAGUUUCUGCAACACUAAGAAACACCCAAGCUCGCUUUCUCUCUCACAAUAGCAUAGUUGUUGGUUCAGGUCACCAUGAAAGUUUUGGAAAAUAGGUCAUAAACGAAGAAUUUAAUUGUGGAUUUAGCCUGAAAACGGCAGACGUUUCUCCUCACUCAUCGCUGCUGAAGGACGUUUCCCGAGGAGGAACGUCUGCAACUCAGCGACAGAAAUUCCAUACUGAUGAGGCAAAAUCUGUCCGGAAUGCGGUCAGAAGCGCUAAUUGGUCGAUGGAUUAGUUUCAUUGUUUUAGCUAUUGUUUAUUAAUCACAGACAAAAGACAAAAGGCCGCAAAGGUCAAAUGUAAACGCGCUGAAUCUCCAACAAAAUAAUCAAUAUGUGGAAUAUAGUCUCCUCUAAAAGAAGCAUUUGAGUUUUGCUGGAGGUUGUUCGCAGAUCAACACAACACUUUACCAAAAUUGACCAGGAGAAAGGUAAAAUUGAACAAAUUUGCAUUUGGAACCCCAUGACUACCGGAUUUAUUAUGUAAACAUUGAUUUACUUCAUCAGUAUGGAAUUUCUGUCGCUGAGUCGCAGACGUUCCUCCUUGUGAAACGUCCCUCGGUGGCGAUGAGCGAGGAGAAACGUCUGCCGUUCGCAGGCUACCAUGGAUUGUGUGUUAAUAGCAAGGAAAUGUUAAGAAAUAAACGACAGUCUGAUCUAAGUUAUCCUGGAUUUUCCAUGGUUACCGAAAUGUAAAUACUUUGUUUAUAGGGGAAACACACUUAGCUUCUCUAGCUAUGAUGCAAAAUUAAUAUAACACAACAGAAUUCAAAACCCCUUCUGGCAGGAGGCAACCAGUUGGUUAUUUACAAACAUGCAGGGUUGUCAGAAAGUUUUGAACUCGAUGGCUAAGUUGUCAAAGUAAGCGGCCUGUCCAAGUAUAUUUUAUUUAAAAAAUGCCAUCCAUAAAGAAAUGCUAAGCAGAGUAGCUGGCCAAUACUAACCAAGUAGGCGGCGAUUUUUGCUGGCGGCCGACUACUUUUGACAACCCUGAACAUGGGUGUGGAUUAAGACUUGGCACAACUGAAUCGGGUGGGACUUGGACCCAGGACCUCCUGAUUGGGAGUUUGAUGCACUGAACACCAGGCCACAUUGCUACUUGUGUGACAGUAGAAGCUUACUGUCAUACCAUCAUAUGUUUUGUUAAAGAAAGUCUUCCAAGAGGUGGAAGUGACAGGCAAAAUUGCCUGGAAAAAUGGUGACAUUUGAUUCCUCUCAGAUAGCAUCGACAAUCAACAGAAAAGAAGGAAAGAAUUUGGACAGUGAUAAUCCAUUUUUUAAGUAGUGAAAGCGACAUCUGUUAUCUUUUGCAUAUUUGCUGUUUUGGCAGCAAAAGAACAAACUCUCUUCCAUUAUUUUUGAACAUUUCCUGUUAUUUUCUUUGUAACGUUUUCUAAUUAUGGUUUUAUAAUUCUCUCUCUCGAGAUUCUUAAUUCUUUUCAGGCACUUUAUCUGCUGUAAAUUCCAAAUUGAGUAUUGCAAAAAUUUAUUCUGAACCGACGGAGACAUUUUUCUUCCCAGGUGAAAUGCAACAGCAACAUUUUUUCCUAACCUAACAGGCAACAGACAGUCUUAGAAAUGACUGACAUUCCAACAGUAUACCCUCCUUGGAAGGCCUUGUUAAUAUGUUGUCUAUCCUAGAGUUUUAAGCCUAUCUUAUGAGACUGGAAAAGACUGCAUGUGUAAAGAGAAGCUAAAAGUAACUUCUACAUGUAUUUAUGAAGAACUAAAUCUUGCAUUGCUUACUUCGUGUAUAAAAAUAAUCAUUUCUUAUAGCAUGAAGAGAAAGAAGAUCAAACUAUGGUGCAAAAUGAAGAGCUACCAGUCCGUGAUGUUGAUGAAACUCAAGCAGUUGCAGAUUCUGAUGACAUCACCAGAGAGGACGGGGAAGAAGAAGAGGAGGAGGAAACAAGAAUCGAUGUUACGAUACCUUACUGCAGAUUCUCACUUGGCUCCGAGCUCUAUUUUGUCAAAAUGCCCAACUUUUUGAGUAUUGAGCGGAAACCAUUUGAUCCAGCUCUAUAUGAAGAUGAAAUGGAAGAAGAUGAAGUGUUGGAUGAGGAAGGAAGGGCUAGACUCAAGUUAAAGGUAACAUCAAAUUAUUUUUAUUUCUUGUAGUCAAAAAUAGCUGUUUUAUAGCGAAGCUCUCGCGCACACGAAGCACCCAUAGUGGAGCACCAUGCAUAAGAAAAUUUGGUUAUCUAUGCAUCCAAGAAAUUUUGGUUCUGGCAAAUACAUCCACCCCUUCAGGUUAGCGGAUGUGAAAUGGCACAUUUACAAGCUUAGAGUCCAAGGUGUAAUAUACUAUCUGUGCUUAACUUGGUAUUGGACAUUCCUGUUAGGGUCAAUAAUUGUCAGCUGCUUUUAAGGUGGAAUUCAGUUUGCUAAAUUUGCUUACGGCUUAUUACUUGAGAAAGACAUUUCGCUUUUGCCCUUGGCUAAAUCUACUUAGUAAAAUCCAAGUAGUGGUCUAUUAUCAAUGCUGUGUUCUGAUUGGUUGAGCUACUACCAGGAUCCAUGAUAUAGCCCAUUAGUAGUGAAAAGCACGGGUUUUUUGGCAGCAAAAAAGGAUUAAAGUCUAGCUUUAACUAUAUAAACUUUUUUAUUCUCGAUAUUUUUGACCAACUAGGUGGAUUUUACUAAAACAAUUAUUCCUCUCGCCCUCAUGGCCUCUGAGUUAAUGAGCCCAUUCGGGCUAGGUAAAGUUGGUUCUCAGGCUAACCCAGAAUUCUCUUCGUCCCCUUUGAAUCAUAAUUACUAGCCAGGAAGCAAACUAAUGUUGAAUGUUGGUAUCUUUACUUUACCUCAGUAGGUCAUAAUAGUCAUCAUUAUUUUGAUUAAGAAACCUGAUUUUAUACCCCUCACUCUAUAAGUGCUUUUUUUACAAGUACUUAAAGCCACUUGAAGUCGCAUGGAAGGGGGAUAGAAUUUGAAACAAGGCGUCUCCCCUGGGAAUCGAAGUUGGGACUUCUUGCUCAGAUGGCCAACAUGAGAAGGAGUUACUAAUACUUUUUUUUCUCAAUAAUACUAAAUAUUCCUGUUUGAUGCAUAUUAUUUUGCUCUUACACAAUAAUUACAUAGAACUGGUAGCUUAAUACACCUGAAAUAAUACUGGAAAUAAAGCAUAAAGAGCUUAAAAUUUUCUCUUAAACCCAACAUUAUUUUAGUUAAGUUUAAAAAGCCCUUUAGAAACACGUGAGUGAUGUGCUUGCAAAUAAUAGAUUUAGGUGGAUUUUCAAACAUGAAGCAGCAUGCAAAUAAUGUGGAUUAAAACAAAUUUUAAACAAUUUAUUAUUGGGUGAAGCUUUUGUGAUAUCUGAAAUAAUCAAGGUUGUGGUAAGUGUUAUUAACACAGAACCGAUUUGUCAUUGUUCUUGGAAAUCAUGCAUUGCAGAUUAGUCGGUUACCUGCUAGCAGAUAAGUAACUGAUCUGUAGGUUGUACUGAUUUCCAAAAUUAACUGUAGGAUCCUAGCCAAUGAGAAGAUAGAUAGUGAGUACAAUGUAUAAUUUAUAAUACCAGUUAUUGACUAAACUGAAAAAUGAGCAAAUGUUACCAGUAAUUCGUGAAUUGCUGGAGGUAAGGUUUAACUUUCAACCACAGUCUUUUUGUUUUUGGCUAGGUGGAAAACACAAUUCGAUGGAGAUACCGAAAAGAUGAAGAUGGGAAUGAGAUAAAAGAAAGUAAUGCAAGAAUAGUGAGAUGGUCUGAUGGUUCAACAUCAUUGCUUCUUGGAGAGGUUUUUGACGUUCACAAAAACAAAAUUGAUGGCAAUUUUAACCACUUAUUUGUACAGCAGGUUUGUAGUUGUAUAAUACUAUGACAUACUCUGUGACAGCAAAAAAAAAUUGUCUUACUAGUAAAAAGAAGAAAUUGUAUAAUAUUAUUAAUUAUAAUUAUUACUGAUACUUUGGGGUGAAGGUGUGACUGAAAGUGUUUAGAUUAGUGUUAGGAAUCAAGUUACCUCACCGUUAGUCACGACUGCAUACCUGCAAAUAAAACUUUCCUUUUAUUGAUGAUAACUACUCAAUUCUCAAUAACUGCUUCUUGAUACUGGAUUCUUGCUGGAAUCAGGAAUGGAGUUGAGAAUUAAGUUUUGCAACAAAUUUUCAACUUCUGGAUAGUACUGUUUUGGUUAGCCCUUGAUGGAUGUGGUUAGUGUUUAUAAAAAUUAGUAAUAAUUAUUUUCUUUUGUUCCUUUUUUGUGCAGGGAACUGGUUUACAAGCUCAGUCGGUGUUCAAAGAGAAACUCACUUUCAGACCUCACUCCACGUCAAGUCAGACACACAGAAAAAUGACGCUGUCCAUUGCUGAUCGUGCAUCCAAAGCACAGAAGAUUAAACUGCUCUCAGCAGCAGGGAUGGACCCAGAAGCACAGAGAACUGAGCUAAUAAAGGUAAGAGUUCUUUGAAGCAUGGUCUAUCUUAUUAUCUUCUUUUUAAUUAAUGUAAAUCAACAGCAAAGGUAUAAAAUCGUUUUCACGUGACGACAUAACAGCCAUUUUGGUAUACCUCCUCAAACAAUAAAACCUCAGCCAAUUUGGUGUACCAAAAAAGUCCUGUGGGGAUGAAUCUCUUUUCUCGUAUAAAAACUUUAUUUUGUUUUAAGAAAUUUACAUAGCUGCAUUGAAUGAAAAUGAUCAUUCUAAACAAAGUGCAAGACCCUUGGGGAAUGGGCCUUCGCUCAUGUUAGCCCCUCAUUGUGGAACUCCCUUAGUUCAGCUAUCAGGAGUAUCCAGAGUGUUCAGGGUUUAAGCAGGAUCUAAAGAACUUUUCAUUUCAUUUGACAUUUGCCCAUUGAAACAAUUUCUGUACAGUGAUUGUAGUGUUUAUUCUCAUUUUCUUUAAGUGUACUGUUUGUUAUGUGUUAGUGUUUGUCAGCUUUUAUUAGCUCUUUUGCAAAUGUAGUACAGGUUUAGCACCAUUUGUGUAUAAAUUUCUAUAUAUUUCUAUUAUUAUUAUUAUUAUUAUUAUUAUUAAGUGCAGUUACCAAAAUUAGUUUAUAUGUGUGGUUUAGAAAGUUAGAGUUCACUUUUUUUUUAUUAACACUAUGUUUACACUAAUUCCCAGUGAUCCUACUAAUCCACUGUCUUUUAUCAAGUAUGUCUUGUUAUUUUCUGGCACUGAAUACUGUAACUAUAUUUAGCAUAAAACCCAUGAAUUCGGUUAUUCCCAAUCAUGAAUUCCCAGCUUGGUAUGCAUGUGUGCUCUAUCCACUAAGUUUGUCUUUUACUUCUAUUAAACAGAAAGAGGAUGAAAGGCUGAGAACCCAGUUGCGGCGUGAAAAUCAGCAGCGUAGAAUGCGGGAAAGAAGCCAAGCAAAGGGUCUUAGCGCUAGCUUCCUGGAACCUGAUCGAUAUGAAGAUGAAGGAGAAGAUUUAGAGCAGAGUCUGCUGGCAAUAAAGAAUAAAUACAAGAAAAAGUUGGCCAAAGGUUUGUUGAUAUCAGAUUGAGCCAAAAUGUCUUUUUUUUGGGUUAUGUUAUAGGUCAAAAUUAAAAUCAGGUUAAUUUUUUUUACCUAGGUUGAUUCUCAAUUUNAUCCUACUAAUCCACUGUCUUUUAUCAAGUAUGUCUUGUUAUUUUCUGGCACUGAAUACUGUAACUAUAUUUAGCAUAAAACCCAUGAAUUCGGUUAUUCCCAAUCAUGAAUUCCCAGCUUGGUAUGCAUGUGUGCUCUAUCCACUAAGUUUGUCUUUUACUUCUAUUAAACAGAAAGAGGAUGAAAGGCUGAGAACCCAGUUGCGGCGUGAAAAUCAGCAGCGUAGAAUGCGGGAAAGAAGCCAAGCAAAGGGUCUUAGCGCUAGCUUCCUGGAACCUGAUCGAUAUGAAGAUGAAGGAGAAGAUUUAGAGCAGAGUCUGCUGGCAAUAAAGAAUAAAUACAAGAAAAAGUUGGCCAAAGGUUUGUUGAUAUCAGAUUGAGCCAAAAUGUCUUUUUUUUGGGUUAUGUUAUAGGUCAAAAUUAAAAUCAGGUUAAUUUUUUUUACCUAGGUUGAUUCUCAAUUUCUUUUGUCUGCUACUCCAUGAGUUGUGGCUAGGAGACAAAGGAAAUUGAGAAUUUUCCGAGGUUAAAAAAUUUUAACCUGAAUAUGAUUUUGACCUGUAACAUUUACAAUAAAGUUGAAGCGUUUGUAAGUGACCACCUCUGAAAUUCGAAAAAGUGGUCAAGACAAGAGCUCUUCGCUUACAAGAAUGAGCUCUUGUAAGGGAAAGCGGGGUUAAACAACAGAGAAUGGUCGUUUAUGAAGGCUUAAAAAACUCAUUAACAAUUUAUAAAGAAAAGACAAAAGAACUAAAUUGUUAAAUGAGUGUCUAUCUCAGACACGUCUAACUUGUGGUCGCUAGGCAACCAGAAAUGACCUGGAACUUUUACUGCACUGUAUGUAAGAUCUUUAUCAAUGAACCAUCAGCGCAGUGUGCAGUUUCAUUAAAGUGUUGAUUUAUAUGAAUAAGACUCUGAGUGGGUCCUUAAGAGAGCUUAAAAACAAAAGAAAAGUCCAGUUGGGUAAUCCCAAAAGUAGCUGUGGUCACUUACAGGAGCCUUCUGUUAUGAGAGGUUUCAUUACAAAGUUGAAAUCACAGUUUGGGUUUUCACAAAGGUGGUUGUAACUAGAGCUGGCCACUUAUGAAAGUGGUCACAAGGAGAGCUUUGACUGUAUUAUACAGGACAGUCUCUGUGCUACAGGAAAAUCUAGGACUGAAAUGACAGAAAUACUGAUGGAUUUGUAUUGAACAGGGACAGAUUGAGACAAGAUCUCCACAGAAUAACGUGCUGAAACAAAGUUGUUGUUGAUUUUGUUUUCAGGAUUUGGUAGUGAGUCAGAUGAAGUUGAAAGUGAAGGUGCUGAAGGAUUGGAGAGUGAUGAAGAGGGGGAAGAUAAGGAGAGACUGUUGAAUGCAAAAGAAGGCAUGGAAUCAGAAGAUGACAAACUUGAAAGCAGAAAAAGAACAAAUAGUGAAGAUAAGGGUUCACAGAGAAAAAAGAAAAAGAGUCGGCAAAUUGUUGAAAGUGAUGAAGACAGUGAUUAA